AUGAUUAACAUAAUGUUCUUUGCCAAUUUAACAACUGGCAUUUCCCACGUUUUCUACCUUUGUGCUCUCACCUGUCAGACAUUUCCAUUCUGCUACACUUGCACUCUAAUUGACGCAGAUUGCGAUGUUUUGGCAUUCUCUAUCUUUAAUUCAAACUGGCUCGAUGCAACUCCACGUUACAAAUCGACUUUGCGGCACUUUUUGCAUCAUGCUCAGAAAAAUAUUACGUUCACUGCUGGCUCCAUUUUUCCCAUAUCUCUCAACACUAACAUAAGUGUGGCCAAGCUCGCGUUUUCGGUUGUCACAUUUGUUAAGCAAAUGAACAUAGUUGAAAAACUGAAUGGAGAGUAGUUGACAAUAUGGAAUACAACAUUUUAAAGUAUAUAUAUUAAAUAUAUACAUAAAUAACUAUAAUCUACUUACUACUGCUACUGUGCAUUACGUUAGUUGCAAUACUUCUACUUAGAUGAAAUAAGUUUCAUAUAUUGAUGCAUAUUGUUAUUAGCAUAAAAUGGCAUAAAUAAUUUGAUCAAAAU